CCAUAGUAUAAUAAUAAUAUUUAUAAACCUUGAAAUAUAUUCACUUGUAGAUAAGAAUAUUAUCAAAUUGUAUUUAUAAUAACUACGAUUAAAUAAAUAUCUUAGUACAUCUUUCAUCGUGAUAAUAAUUGAGAUUUAUAAUCAAUAAUCAAGAUUUAUACAUUUUUAACGUAUUCGGGUAAUUAUUAAGUAUAAUUUUUAAAUAUUAUUUCUAUUUGAUUUAUUUACCUAUACUAAUAGGUUUAUUAGUUAAUCCGAACAAGCAUAAGCCAUAAAGAAUACUGUAUUUCUACCAAUUUAAAAUAAUAAUACAUUAAUAAUGCCAAACAGUGAAAAUUCUAUUCCAUCACCAUCAUUAAAAAAACUAUCAAAUAACUCCUAUCAAAUUAAUACACCAUGCCGAAGAGUAGGUCUCAAGAGGAAAUCUACUGGUACACCAAUUCAAACAAAUUUCUUGAAAAAAAGUAAAACGAAUAUAACUAGUGAAAUUUCAAAAUGCUUAGAAUUUAAUGAAAACACCACGAAAAUAGAAACUGAAGUAAAAGACAAGUUAAUCCCGAAAUUAAAUUACAACAUGAAAGCAAUACAAAAAAGUAUAUUAAAUAAACAACAAAAAAUAGUAGAACUGAAGUCUGAACUCAAAAAUAGUGAACAGGUGAGAAACUAAUUUAUCUUAAAAAAGUUUUGCAACAAAUUGGGGAACUCUUAUUCUUGCAUUCCACAUUAUUAACACCCUAUCAAUCAUGUCUCUCCAAAUAACCUCCAGUUACUUUUUUGUUAGCCUUCAUCAUAUCUGUUUUUCAUCUAUAUUUAAUUUAGAGUUUCUACUUCUCUUGUAAUGCCCAUACAAUCAUAAUCUAAAUACUUUAAUUUUUCUGUUAUAUUUGCUAUUAUUGUAUACUAGUUUCUAAUCCUAUCUAAUCUAGAAUUACCCAUAUACAUUUUGUAUUAUUAAUCCUUUUCAAUGUCCACACAAUCAAUACAUUUACAUCAGAAUUAUUAUUAACUAAAAAACCUUUUUUUAGUCAUUCAAUAAUAAUUCAAACUCGAUAAAACUUGUAUUGAUUUGUUUAAAUUAAAAUAAAUUAAUAAAAUUUGUAUUUUUAGAGAAUUUGUUAGACAUAUUAUUUUGAUAUUUCAUACUAUAAUAAUAGGAAUGAAUAUAUAAAUUUUUAACGUCAAGAGAAAUCAUUUUGUAACCUGACAUAAUUCUGAACAAUAAUACAAAUAAUAUAAAAAUCGUUUUUAAGACUAAUAAUAAUUUAAUCAAACAUAUAAACAAUAGCACUGAAAACUUCACAAAAAAUCCCCCUUAUUUUGAAAAUACUGGUAAUAUAUAAACUUAAAUGUAACUGUAAUAAAUUGUAUAUAGGUAAGACAAAUAGAAAUUUUAAAAUAAGAUAUAAAGAACUCGUUUCUGAAAUAUAAUUAAAAAAGACUGCCCCUAAUUAAAAUUUUGCUAAAUAUGUUUUGAAAAAUAACCAUAAUAUAAGUUUUGAUAUUCAUACAGACCUAGAAAUAUUAAAUACCCAAAAUAACAUUUAAAUUAAUUCAGUUUUAGAAGAAUUACACAUACACAAUAAAAUAAAGAAAAAUAAUUUUAAUAAUAUUUUAAUUGUUCAAACCUAUUUUAAAACUAAUAUCUUAUAUCAAUAAAUUUUAGAUAAUAAAUAAUAAUCAAAUAAUUUAUAUUUCUUAACAUAUCUAUGCCUAAUAAUAAAUAAUUUUAAAUAAUCUCUCCUAUUAAAAUAAAUUAUUUCUAAAUUCUAUGUAAAACUAAAAAUUUUUAUAAUUUCUUUUUUCUAUGCAUCGUUCAUUUAAUUUUUUAUCUUCAGUCACAUUUUACAUUUUGACUGUUAUAUACCCGAUGAAGGAUUUUUAAUUCGAAACUGGUCGAAUAAUACAUUUAUUAUAAUACUCCAGGCGACACUUUGAUUCAUUUAUUUAUUUUAUUUGUAUGUAUAUAUUUGUUUACUUUAUUUAAAUAAUAGAAAUAGAAUAAUGAAAUAAAAUAGAAAUUACAGUCAUAAAUAGAUAAUUGAUUUUGAAUUCUAGAUCUUUUUGCCCUACCCAUUAAUUUUUAAAACUAGCAUAAUCUGUUACUUAAGAUAAUGUAAUGGUUCUAAUGACACACAUCUUAAUUGGUGCAGGUGUUUAGAAGUUAUGGUGGAUUAAAGAAACCCAUAUACUCAACUAUACCUUAUUUGCAGUUGGAUAAUAAUAAAAUAUGUUUAUCAUUGAGCAUAAUUAUUAUUUAUUUAUUUACGAGUAUUAACCAUUUUAAUAAUUUCAUUUUUACUUUAUUUUUUUAUUAUUAGUAAUUAUUAUAUUGUAUUCUUUUUUAGCACAAUUUAAGUAAUAUACAAGAACUAUCAGAAAAAUGGUUAAGAGUUUGUCAAGAAGCUUUAAUGUCAUUAUUUCAUCUCAUCAACCAAAAGCAAAAUUCUAUUUGUCACACUGUAGAGGAUUUCAUUGCAGAGUUAGGUAUUGAUCCUGAUUUAAUACAUUUUGAUUUAAAUAAUCAAGAGUUUUAUUAAAAAAUGUUAUAUAAGACAAAAUGUUCUCUGUGUAUUAUAUAUUAAUUUAAUCAUAAACAAUAAAAUAUAACAAUAAGUUAUUUGAAAUUAAUUUUUCCGUAAAUAUUACAGCCGCAAAAAAAAAAGUGGCUGGAUACCAACACAGAUAAUAAUCCAGCUGUGGCCGUCAGAUAAGCAUUUGAGUAGAUAAUAAUUUUAUUUUUAAUACAUUAAUUAAGUUUGCCGUUAAGUACCUAUAUACUAUAAUGGAACUAAAUAAAAUUUUUUGCAUUUGAUUUCUUAGCUUGUUUAGUAGGUACUUUUGUUGUUGUUGGAAAUGUACAGAUUUUUCAUAAAUGUUGGAUGUGUGGUAGUGAGCCACCUUUUUAUAAAAAGUGAUGUUAUUUUAGUUUCCUAUUUUUUUUUUUUUAGUGUAAAUAUCAACAAGUUUUAUAGGUUUGAAAUUAGGGUAUCAAAGUCAGGGGCCUGACAGACUGUAUUGAUAAGAUAUGAACAUCAUGG